CCAACGUUCAGGGUGAUCCCUUGUGGUGGAGAAGGCCGCCAUCCCAUUGUCUUCCGCCUUGCCGCAUCGGUGAUCGGUACGAAGAGCGAGGGAAGAGACAGGAGAGGCGCUUUCGCCUUUGGAAAGACGAGAGUCGGUGGAGGAGUACGAGGAUGAGCGGGAACGGGGUGAAGAAGGUGGCGGAGGUGGCCGCGAAGGCGACCAAGUCGAUCGAUUGGGACGGCAUGGCUAAGGUCCUCGUCUCCGAUGAGGCCCGCAAAGAGUUCGCUAACCUUCGCCGCUCCUUCGACGAGGUCAAUCACCAACUGCAGACCAAGUUCUCCCAGGAACCUGAACCUAUUGACUGGGAAUAUUACCGAAAAGGAAUUGGGUCGCGCUUGGUGGAUAUGUACAAACAGGCUUAUGAAAGUGUAGAAAUCCCCAAGUAUGUUGACACUGUGACUCCAGAAUACAAACCCAAAUUUGAUGCCCUGCUGGUUGAGUUAAAAGAAGCAGAAAAGAAAUCUUUGGCGGAAUCAGCACGGCUGGAGAAAGAAAUAGCUGAAAUUCAGGAGAUGAAGCAAAAAAUAAGCACAAUGACAGCGGAUGAAUAUUUUGAGAGCCAUCCCGAGGUGAAACAGAAGUUUGAUGAUGAGAUUCGAAAUGAUUACUGGGGAUAUUGAGUAUCCGGCAUCUUUCUUUCAGUGACUUUGGGAUUUCUAAUAAAUCUAUCUAUCCUCAGUUUCCCUGUACAUUGGAAAGGUACCAAUUUGAGCAGGUGAUAUGCCAAACUGUCAUCGAUGUUGUGCUUCAUCGUUCUGUUUAAUUUUUGCCCUUGUUUCUUUUCCUUACUAUUAGCCAAUAACCUUGUUCUGUGGCUCUCUUUAGACAAACGAGAUCUACAUGCAAGCAGUUUUUUAUGCACCGAUCAACCAAAUUUCCCA